AUGAACAGCAAUUCGAUCUUCGAAAAUCUGAGCGACUUCUCAAAUUCGUACGUGGAUAAAAUUCACAGGAGCAAAGAGGAGGACGAUGAUGCCAAUAUAGCCUUCCUGUGCAAUACGAAGGAAGCAGUUCUACAUAAUAGAAGGGUGAACAUUGAUAGUUUACUCAUAAACAGUGAGUACAACUUCGUAACGCAGUUAAACAUAGUUAAUAAGCACCUUACUGUGGAACCCUACACAUCAAACGUUUCUCAUCGUGUGAAGGGAACUAAACGGAGUGACAAAAAGUUUGGUGGUACAGAUGCGGACCCAAGCCAGCAAAGGGUGCAGCCGAAAAUGGCCUCCAAAGUGUUGCCCCCAUUGGGGCAACCGGCAAGGAAAAAGGCCGAGCAAAAUGGUAGACAAAGAGAUAAACAAAAGAUCGGGCAAAUAGUGCGAAACAACUCACCCCAAACGGUAGAUCGAGGGACAAGACAAAACACACACACCCGAACGGUAAGACAAAAGAGUAGACACGGCGAGGAACCCGGGGAGAUGCAUACCAACGAACGAUCCCAAGACGUGAGCGAAGAAAAGCAUCUAAUAAGCUCCACCACCUCCUCGGACUGGUAUGACAAAAACAUGUACAGAAAUUAUUAUCUAUUGAACAAAAGUUGCGCGUACUUAAAGUCUAAAUGUGUUAGGGAUACAGUUUUAGAUCCAUAUGGAAUGCAGGGGGAGGAACGGAUCAAUGGAAAUCACCAAGUUAAUCUUCGUAAUCAAAAUGAUGAAAAUGAUGAAAAAGAUUGUCACGCAUGUACCCACAGUUAUCCCUAUGAUAACGCAGAAGUGGAUAAAAAAAGGGCGUUCCAUUUUAAAAUUGAUAAGGAAAAGGCUUCUGAUUUGGGAACAUAUAAUGGUAAUAUGAGCUCGGACAUAUUACUAUAUAGUAGCGAAUAUGAUGAUGGUAAGUACCCGAAUAAAAUAGAGACAUAUGAUUUUUUAAAAGAAUGUGAUUAUGAAAAUGGUACCAAUUCUGUGGAUCGAACAAAAUACGACGAUGAUGGAUCAUCUCUCGAGAUGCUACACAUUCCUGAGAAAGAAAAAUACACCAACAUUUCGAACAUAAAAAAUUUCUCCGUGCGCACACAUUCAUACAGACAAAGUGGAGAAACGUAUGCACAGCAAAAGAAAACAUCAUCAAGUAACAUGUCUCAAUUGAUGAAAAUAAAAUUUUUAAUAAAUAAAAAAAAAAAUUCAUCCAACAGAAAAAAUAAAAGUUUCCCAUUUUCUGAUUAUAAAAAUAACAACACAUUAGUAAAAUUUCUCAUGGCUGAAAUAAAAAUAGAAACAAAGCUAUACAAAUUAAUUUUAUUUCUAUUCCUUUUGAUAUUAUUAUCACUCUUUAAGGAUAUGUCUAAAUACAUAGUUAUUACAAGAAAGUGCUACAACAUAUAUGAGAGUCCAAUAAAAUCGAUUAAAAGAAUAUUAAAAUGCGUAAUUUGGGCUUUAAAAAUUGGAUAUAAAUUUACUUCUCCAUUUAUUCUCUAUAUGUUAUCAUUUUUUGGUGUAAUAAUUUUCCGCAUUUUUUUACUUCUCAACAUUCCUAUUUUCCUUUUGUUACUUUAUUGCAAAUUCUUUCUGAAAAAUGAAGAGUCCCUCGUUAAGCUGUACCUCCUUUUUGUUGUCAACAUGUACAAGUAUAUUGUUACCCAUUUUGUUCAUAUUUUAAAGAAUUAUUCCAAUGACAUUUGCUUCCGUGAUUUUUUGUCUGUCAUUUGUUUAUCUUUUCAUUUCAUUUUUGUUUCCCUUUAUCGAAUUGUGCACAGAAUUUACACUCAUAAAGUUCGCUAA